UAUGUUUAGAUUUGUAUUUAUUAUUAUUUACAUUUACCUAUAAAAUAAAACAUGUUUUAGAUGUAAAUUUUGUAGGUAAAUUUUUAGGUAAAUAUAGGAGCCUACAUUAUGGUCCAGACUCCACCAUCCAGCAGCCGUGUGGCCCCAGGCUACUUAAUCAGAACCCUAAUUUCCUUGCCUAUAGAAGGGGAUAAUAAUUGUGCCACUGCCUAGCCUGAGAUUAGUUUUUAUGUUCAAAUUAGAUCAUAGACGUUAAGGAUGAGACAGUUUGAAAGAGGCACACAGAAGGGUUUGUUAUUGCGGACACACCCCUUGCUCUGCUGAGAGCAUACAUCUGUUCAAGCACCCACAGGUGUCUGUGAAAAUGUUCACAGUCAUAGACACAGCCCCUACAGGGUUGACACAGACAACCUGGUCAACAGGCAAGAAACUGCUUCCCUGACUCAGUUAACCAGCUGGAGGCUGUAAUGAAAGGCAGCAGAGAGUGAGGGAGGGAGGAGGCAGGGAGUGUGUCUGGCUCUCUCCCUGCCUGGGUGAGAGACCGCUCCUGCCUGCCUUCCUGGUUGCUGGGGAAUUUCUGGGCCAGAGUUGCGUCGGGAUGGCUGUCAACAGCUUGGUGAGGGUGGAGGAGGCUGUUCCAGACGUGCCAAGCUACAGGAAUGAAUGUUGGAGCUGCCACGCCGGCAGGCCCUGCCAUGUCUGGUAGACACCAGUGGUCUGAAAGAGGGACCAGGAAGGAUAGGGUUGUCAGGGGACUUCGGUGGCCAGCUUUAUUCUCCAGAAGUACCGAUGAGGAUAAAGCAAGGCCCUGGCCUCAAAGAAAUUGGGCUUCUGACAACACUCAUCAAACUGGGCGGGCAGCCAGACCUCUGCUCUGAGCUAGUGUGGCUGGAGGCACCUGAUGUUUGCUCCGGGAAGGAUCAGGAUGGUUGUAGGGUGUGGGCUGGGGCCUGGUAUGCUCUUGGGGGUUCAGAAACUCGUGUGUGUGUGUGUGUGUGUGUGUGUGUGUGUGUGUGUGUGUGUGUGUAUGUAUGUAUGUGGUCGUUGGAGAGAGACCCAGGCUAUUCCAUAUCGCUGAAGAGAUCCGUUUCUUCCUUAUCUCACUGGUCUCUCUGCUAUACCAACACCUUUGGCUCAGCCUCAGCUCCAGCCAGCCUCAGUUCCGGAGGAGCCCCCUCAAAUUCAUGGCCUACAAAGGAGAGAGAAGACCUCUGAUCUCUUGUGCCAUGCUCACUAUGCUAUGUGAAAUUUGCUAUGUUAGACCAUGACAUCCUGGAUGGUGGGGAUGAUGACUGGUUUCUCUGCACAGCCCUGGGCCCAGUAUCCUGCCCAGCCCUUAGGAGUCCUCAUGGAAUGAGCUCAGCUCCCGCGAUGCUCCUGUUUGUCCACUGAGGCAAGGGGAGAGCCAGUUGCGCAGAGCCCUGCAACCAGCAGUCCAGGGAGAAGUGGUGAAUGUCAUGGAGCCCAGCUGAAAUGGACUGGCCCCCUUGAGCCUGUCCCAAGCCCUGGUGCCAGGUGUCCAUCCCAGUGCUGAGAUGAGUUUUGAUCAUCCUGAGAAAAAUGGGCCUUGGCCUCCAGACCCAAUAAACCUUCCCUCCCAUGGAGAAUAGUGCUAAUUCCUGAGGACCUGAAGGGCCUGCCGCCCCUGGGGGAUUAGCCAGAAGCAGGCUUGUUUUCCUGCUCAGAACAAAGUGGCUUCCCUGAACACAUCUUCAUUAUGAUUCACACCAACCUGAAGAAAAAGUUCAGCUGCUGCGUCCUGGUCUUUCUUCUGUUUGCAGUCAUCUGUGUGUGGAAGGAAAAGAAGAAAGGGAGUUACUAUGAUUCCUUUAAAUUGCAAACCAAGGAAUUCCAGGUGUUGAAGAGUCUGGGGAAAUUGGCCAUGGGGUCUGAUUCCCAGUCUGUAUCCUCAAGCAGCACCCAGGACCCCCACAGGGGCCGCCAGACCCUCGGCAGUCUCAGAGGCCUAGCCAAGGCCAAACCAGAGGCCUCCUUCCAGGUGUGGAACAAGGACAGCUCUUCCAAAAACCUUAUCCCUAGGCUGCAAAAGAUCUGGAAGAAUUACCUAAGCAUGAACAAGUACAAAGUGUCCUACAAGGGGCCAGGACCAGGCAUCAAGUUCAGUGCAGAGGCCCUGCGCUGCCACCUCCGGGACCAUGUGAAUGUAUCCAUGGUAGAGGCCACAGAUUUUCCCUUCAAUACCUCUGAAUGGGAGGGUUAUCUGCCCAAGGAGAGCAUUAGGACCAAGGCUGGGCCUUGGGGCAGGUGUGCUGUUGUGUCGUCAGCAGGAUCUCUGAAGUCCUCCCAACUAGGCAGAGAAAUCGAUGAUCAUGACGCAGUCCUGAGGUUUAAUGGGGCACCCACAGCCAACUUCCAACAAGAUGUGGGCACAAAAACUACCAUUCGCCUGAUGAACUCUCAGUUGGUUACCACAGAGAAGCGCUUCCUCAAAGACAGUUUGUACAAUGAAGGAAUCCUAAUUGUAUGGGACCCAUCUGUAUACCAUUCAGAUAUCCCAAAGUGGUACCAGAAUCCGGAUUAUAAUUUCUUUAAUAACUACAAGAGUUAUCGUAAGCUGCACCCCAAUCAGCCCUUUUACAUCCUCAAGCCCCAGAUGCCUUGGGAGCUAUGGGACAUUCUUCAAGAAAUCUCCCCAGAAGAGAUUCAGCCAAACCCCCCAUCCUCUGGGAUGCUUGGUAUCAUCAUCAUGAUGACACUGUGUGACCAGGUGGAUAUUUAUGAGUUCCUCCCAUCCAAGCGCAAGACUGAUGUGUGCUACUACUACCAGAAGUUCUUCGAUAGUGCCUGCACGAUGGGUGCCUACCACCCGCUGCUCUAUGAGAAGAAUUUGGUGAAGCAUCUCAACCAGGGCACAGAUGAGGACAUCUACCUGCUUGGAAAAGCCACACUGCCUGGCUUCCGGACCAUUCACUGCUAAGCACAGGCUCCUCACUCUUCUCCAUCAGGCAGUAAAUGAAUGGUCUCUUGGCCACCCCAGCCUGGGAAGAACAUUUUCCUGAACAAUUCCAGCCUGCUCGUUUUACUCUAGGGGCCUCUGUCAGCAAGACCACGGGGGCUUCAAGAGCCUGUGGUCAGGAAAUCAGGUCCAGCCUUCCCUGUAGCCAGACAGUUUAUGAGCCCAGAGCCUCCUGCCACACACAUGCACACAUAUCUAGCAUUCUUUCCAGACAGCAUCCUCCCCACCUUCCACCUUGGUAGAUGCAAGGUCUAUCUCUCCCAUCAGGGCUGCCAAAGCUGGGCUUUGUUUUUCCCAACAGAAUGAUGCCAUUCUCACAAACCAAUGCUCUAUAUUGCUUGAAGUCUGCAUCUAAAUAUUGAUUCACGUUUUAAAGAAAUUCUCUUAAAUUACAAUUGUGCCCAAUGCAGGGUGGCUCUGGGGGGCAAGUAGGUGGUACAGGGGAUUGGAAACAUGCUCCGCGCCUCCAGAAAAAAGUUGCUCCCGAGGUCCAUGCCCCUGGAACAUGUUCCUAUCACUCUGGCUGGUUGGGCUGGUCCUUAGACUGGGUGCUUAUGAUUAAAGGGUCUUGGUUAGCCCACUUUCCCUCUCCAUGUGGAGAUGGAAGGUAGAGAAGGAUACAGUGUCUAUCCUCAAGUUGCUAUGGUUCAGUGAGAGAGGCAGACAUCUAAACAGGCAGGUAGGAUUCAGUGUGCUUAGUGCACUGGGGAUUUGGAGAGAGAUGGGCUUGCUCUCUCUGUGCACCCAGGAGGGCCACGCACUUAAAACUGUGUUUGUGGAUCAGAGAAGGCUUUAUAGCACAGGGGGCAUUCAGAUGAGUCUUAGAGGAAGAGAAGAAACAUGGCAAGCAGAUUACAUCUGAGCCGUUUGAAUUGUGUUUUUCUUUCUUCCCGUGUUUAUUUUCUAAGAUCUACCUGAACUUAGAGACUCAAGAUAUUUUUUUAGGAAACCUCCUACCCAUGUCUGAGGUAGCAGGUGUAGCCUCACGACAGAUACCAGGCAAUCCAGAGCCACAAAACCUGAUUCCUCCAGGCUCUGCCUGGCCUGACCCUGUCCUGUCAGCUGGGAUUACAUACCAGUCCCAUUCUUCCUUUUCAAUACCUACCCCCAAAUCUUCUCCUAACCACCAUCUUUUUUUUUUUUUUUAAAGCAUUUUUUGCUUUAAAAGCAUCCUGACCCCAAUUUCUUUGAGCUCACGGGCCUUUUGCCGAAGGUCUCUCAGGAUGUAGUGGUGUGGCUCUCUGGACUUACGUCACUCUCAGAGGUCAGAACCUUGGAGAUCAGAACUGAUUCUCACCAGGUGUGAGAGGUGUGGUAGCAGAUGGCAAUGCUCUGCACCUCUUCCUUGCAAGUGAGCAACUUCAGGCUCUCUGGGCAGAGGCUGGCCCACUGUAGUUUGCAGACAUGCUCUCCAGAUGGUCUUACUAAGUCCCCUCUCCCUGAUAGGGAAUCCUGCUGGACCAGCACAGCCCUGGUGUGGAGAGGUUAAAAGACUUGCACAGGAUCACCAAGUCAUGCUGUAGAGCCAGGGUUCCUAGACCCAGGGCUCUGCACUCUCAAGGCUGGCCACAUGUGCUCAAGGGGAUCUAAUGUUUGGGCUCCAAACCAACCAUCUCGGAGCUGGGCUCCUCAUUUACUGCCAAACCCUCAGCUUAUGUAGCUAGAAAGGGCCCUGGAGUGAGAAAGCCUGGAUUUUCAAAUUGAUGCUCCCCUACUGACUAGCUGUGCCACUCUGGGCAAAUGCUCUUCCUUGAGCCUGUUUCCACACCUGUAAAGUGGGGAUGAUGAUCCUAUCUCACUGCUUUUGUGAGGAUUACAGGAAAGCACCUGUCCUGGCUCUGUACCUGGCACGCAGUAGGUGCUCAGUUCAUGCUGGUUUCCUCCCUGCCUUCAGUAGGGACCUGCUCUGUGCUCACACCUCGGCUGCAUGCACCCUGCUGUGACGGAGGCUAGUGUGGAAGAGGUCCUGUCCUCAGGGAAUUAACUGUCUUAUUGGGAGACAACAACUAUCCUCCUUGGAACACCCAAGAAACCAUGCAAAGCAGUGGACAACACAGAACACGCCCUCCUCCUCGCUGCCUGCAGUUCCAAUCUGAUUCUGCUUAGGAAUGGGCGGAGCACGUGGGCUGCUUAACUGCUGUAUAGGACAAGCCCCUUACCCCUCUCUGGGCCCAUGAAUUCCUGGCUUGGUUUAUGUUCUGAUUUGACACACUGAUUUUAAUCUUCGAAUCACGACACUGAGUGCAGAGGACGUGGCAUUCCGACAGCAGGACAUACAUGUUGGUGUGAAGACUGGGACGACACUGGGUAGAAUCUAGUUUUUAAUUAUUAUUAAUAUAAAGGAUCAAAUUAAUUUAAAUAUGAUUCUGAAGUCUACAGAACUUUUAGUUCUGUGCUGUCUAUGUGGACACUUUGGUAAAAUGCAAAUUAUGAUAUGGACGUUAUCGUUGGUCUGGUGAGAUGUUUCAUAUUUGUGACAGUUAAUUUAAAAAUUAUGACUUAAUGCUGCCUGUGUCUAUGGGGUUCUGUCUUCUUUGAUAGCCAUCUAUUCAUCUGGAUCAUGGGACCCUCUCUAAUCCUUCCACCAAUCAAAUAAGCUAUUGCUGUUGGUUUGGAGUUGAGAUGUCAGUCUCGGAAACUUCUGAAAAAUGCCUAAGCUAAUAAUUACCCAAGGAUUAUGUCAAAUUUUAAAAUAAAUGUGUGUGUGUUUCUUUAA